UUGGCAUCACCAAAGCAGCAAACCAAUCAAAACCCAAACAAGAACCGUUUCCCGGGAGCACUCUCUCUCCCAUCUAUUCACUCCGUCGCUUUCCGCUUGCACACACUGCCAGCCAGCUCGUUAUGUAACGGCAUCUAAUUAUUUUAGCUGCUUCCUCGUCUCUGAUCUGGACGGCCGGGGUGGGAACCCCUUUUUUUUCUCCCCUCAUGUCGCCCCUGCCGCUCCGCUGCCCCGCUGCGUCCUGCCCGCCAUGGCGUCCGUGUACAGCGGGUCGCACACAUUGAGCAAGGAUGAUGUCAACUACAGGAUGCAUUUCCGAAUGAUUAACGAGCAGCAGGUCGAGGAUAUCACCAUCGACUUUUUCUACAAGCCGCACACGAUAACGCUGCUGACAUGCACGGUGCUCAGCUUGAUGUACUUCGCGUUUGCGAGAGAUGAUGGGAAUCCUGACAGUAAUGUCUGGGUGGGGCUCAUUCUGGUCAUCUCCUUCUUCCUGGUCAUCAGUGUUUUGGCCUUUCCCAAUGGUCCCUUCACCAGGCCACAUCCAGCAAUAUGGCGAAUAGUGUUUGGUCUGAGCGUGCUCUACUUUCUGUUCCUGGUCUUCAUCAUCUUCCUCAACUGGCAGCAGGUGAAGCAGCUCAUGUACUGGCUGGAUCCCAACCUGCGCUACGCCAAGAGAGAGGCAGACAUCAUGGAGUAUGCCGUGAACUGCCACGUCAUCACCUGGGAGAGAAUCCUGAGCCAUUUUGACAUCUUUGCCUUCAGCCAUUUCUGGGGCUGGGGUAUGAAGGCCCUGCUCAUUCGGAGCUAUGGCCUCUGCUGGACCAUCAGUAUUACCUGGGAGCUUACUGAGCUUUUCUUCAUGCAUCUGUUGCCCAACUUUGCGGAGUGCUGGUGGGACCAAGUGAUUCUGGACAUCCUGCUGUGUAACGGAGGUGGAAUCUGGCUGGGCAUGACCGUCUGUCGCUUCUUGGAGAUGAGGACCUACCACUGGGCCAGUAUUAAGGACAUCCACACCACCACAGGGAAGAUCAAGCGAGCUGUGCUGCAGUUCACUCCCGCGAGCUGGACUUACGUGCGCUGGCUCGAUCCAAAGUCCUCCCUGCAGCGAGUGAUGGGAGUCUACUUGUUCAUGAUCAUCUGGCAGCUAACGGAGCUGAACACAUUCUUCCUCAAACACAUUUUCGUCUUUCCCGCGAGCCACGCUCUCAGCUGGUGCCGGAUCUUGUUUGUCGGGAUCAUCACCGCUCCGACAGUACGGCAGUAUUACGCGUACCUCACAGACACGCAGUGCAAGAGAGUGGGGACGCAGUGCUGGGUGUUUGGGGCGAUAGCCUUUCUGGAGGCCUUGGCGUGUAUCAAAUUUGGACAGGACUUGUUCUCAAAAACCCAGAUCCUCUAUGUGGUUCUCUGGCUGCUGUGUUUGGCCUUCAUUACAUUCCUGUGUCUGUAUGGGAUGGUGUGGUAUGCAGAAACAUACGGUCCAAGGGGAAAGAGCCUCUCUGAGUGUGAGGACAGUAAUUACACCGAGUCUCCUGACCACAUGUCUGGGGAAUUUAAAGACGACAUGGACGCAAACGGCGAGAGCCCCACGAUUAGACGAAGAGGGAAACCCAAACCCUUGAACGGCAUGGACAGGCAGUAGGCAUUCAAACUCCGUCCGCGGAGGCAAGUGUGACGAGAAAGCAAAGAUGGAGACGCUUCCUGGUGUAACACAAUAUCCACAACCCCACCGCCCCCCCACCACCCCCCCACCGCCUCCGCUUUCUGGACAGAGAGGGAGCGCAGACAGCAGAGGAGAAGAAGAGGACGAACAGGUUAUCGCAGCGUUCUAAUGAAAGCGGAGCGGCUCAGACUACAGAGAGGCUCGUUGGAGCGCGUGCCGGAGAGGCUCCUAAACCACUAAUCGAAGGCUCCUUUGUGUGUGAAUGAGAGCGAGACAGGCUGUGGGUGUAGAAGAGAAGAGAAACGACUAUAGCUGUGACUGCAUGUUCAUUGUAGCUUUUAAAUUACCUGUAUCCUCUGACACAAUAUCACCGAAGGCUGAUGUAAAUUUGACUGAACGCCAGUAAGUUGGUUCAAAGCAUUUCAAUGUUAAAAGCCAUUUUAGAGAUUCAUCACUUUAUUUGGAGCUUGUAUGUUUUUUUACAUAUAUAUAUAUACAUAUAUAUAUACACACACACGUCCUUCACUGACGAUCUAUUUACAUCCUAAAUGUGCGUGUUGUCCUGUUGUUGUUUUUUUUUUAACUUGAAUGUGGGCAGAAUUUCUAUAUGCCAGACAGCUUUAGCUUGUUAGCUCGUUCAACUGAGGUUUAAUUUGUAAUGAAGCACACAGUUAAAGCACUUUGCAGGAGGUUUUCCUUGAAAGAUACUGUACAUUUCAUAAUGUUCAAGUAUUAUGUGAACUAUUGUGAUCCAGAGUGACUUUAGUUUCCCUCUCCGCCUGUGGCUGCUAUCUUUAUUAUUAUUAUUUUUUUAUUAUUUUGCUAUGUUUUAAUGUACCGAUUUAAGGAGGGCGAUUAUUCAGACUCGUGCAGGUGGGUUUCUUUCACUCUCGACCUUCUUGUUCCAUUUAUUUCCUCUGCAUGACUGUCAAAUCAAGUGUUUUGAUAGGAAAAUGUUACAACUGUAGGAAAAAGUCUUUAUAUGAUCUAAACCUGAUCACAAGUAUUGUCUUUUACUGUCAUUGUAAUGUGUUAAUUCACGCCUUGUGCCUGUUUGCAUGGGAUUAUUAUUUCUAACGCUUCUGGGUCUGUAUUUAGACUAAAUCUAAGCUCUCUCUCCCGUUGAAUAUUCUCACCUCGAGUGCUUCGUUGGAGCUUCGUUGUCAUUUCGUUCCGUCAGUAUCAUCUCAGCACCGAGAUAUCUCUCGUAUCCUCGACAAUCUAAAUGCUGGCCUCGGUGAAGCAGUCGUCGGGGCAACAUUAGGCUUUGUAAAUGAUACAAUGUCUCUGGAUUUACAUUUCUUUUUGCCAAAAAAAAAAAAUACUGUUGAAGAUGACCUUUGCUGUUGGUUUCACUGUGAGAGAAAAAAAGUCAACAUAUUAAAAUGUUUUACAGUUCCUCUUUAAA